AUGGCGAAUCUCAACUUCGCGCAUUCCAGCGCGAAAUUGCGCACCGUCAAAGAGAUCCAGUUUGGUCUCUUCUCGAAAGAGGAGAUUGAUCGGAUGGGAAUUAUCACGGUUGAAUAUCCUGAGACUAUGGAUGAAGCGCGUCUUCGACCUCGAGAGAAAGGUCUCAAUGAUCCUCAUCUGGGUACGAUCGAUCGCAACUUCAAAUGUGCCACUUGCGAAGAAAACAUGACCGAGUGUCCUGGUCAUUUUGGAGCCAUCAAGUUGGCGGUGCCUGUCUAUCAUUAUGGUACAUCUUACCAGCCCUCCUUGCGCAACCAUGUUUACACUCAACUAGGUUUCCUCGGAAAAGUCAAGAAGCUCCUCGAGACAGUUUGCCAUAAUUGUGGGAAGAUAAAAGCAGUGGACUCUGAGGAUCUGCGAUAUGCCCUUACUGUUCGCAACCCCAAGAAGCGCUUCGAGCUCAUUUGGCGCCUUAGUCAGAAGCAGAACAUUUGUCAAGCCGAUAGCCCCGAAGAUGAAGAAGACCCGACGGCGAGAGAGAGGAGCGGCAAAGUAGGACACGGUGGAUGUGGCAAUGCCCAGCCACAAAUUCGCAGAAGUGGGCUUGAGCUUUGGGCACAAUACAAACCUCGAAAAGGAGAUGACGAUGAGGAGACUGUUCCUGAGAAAUCGCAGAUCUGGCCUGCACAAGCGCUGGAGGUAUUUCAGCAUCUCACUGACGAAACGCUCGAUACCCUGGGUUUGAACCUUGAUUUUGCUCGGCCCGAGUGGAUGAUAUUGCAGAGUCUGCCUGUACCACCUCCUCCUGUUCGACCUAGCAUCAGCGUCGAUGGAAGUGGACAAGGUUCCCGUGGAGAGGAUGAUCUGACCUUCAAGCUGGGAGACAUCAUCCGUGCCAACCAAAACCUGAUUCGCAUCAACGCGGAAGGUGCGCCUGACCACAUUGCGAAAGAGUUGCAAGCCUUGCUGCAAUAUCAUGUCGCAACCUACAUGGAUAAUGACAUUGCCAACCUCGAUAAAGCGCAGCACAAGAGCGGUCGACCAAUCAAAUCCAUACGUGCUCGUCUGAAGGGCAAAGAAGGUCGCCUUCGCCAGAACCUGAUGGGCAAACGAGUUGAUUUUUCAGCACGCACAGUCAUCACUGGCGAUCCAAAUUUGUCUCUUGACGAAGUCGGUGUCCCUCGAAGCAUAGCUCGGACGUUGACGUACCCUGAGACCGUGACUCGGUUCAAUAUCUCCAAGCUCAAACAGCUUGUCACGAAUGGCCCGGAAGCGCAUCCCGGUGCUAGGUAUAUCAUUCGAGAAAAUAACGAGCGCAUUGAUCUCCGCUACCACAAGGAUACCAGUCAGAUUGCUCUCAAAACAGGAUGGAAAGUUGAGCGACACAUCAUGGAUGGAGACGUCAUUCUCUUCAAUCGACAGCCAUCACUGCACAAGGAAUCUAUGAUGGGUCAUCGCGUGCGGGUCAUGCCUUACUCAACUUUCCGACUUAAUCUGUCUGUGACCACUCCUUACAAUGCCGACUUUGACGGAGAUGAGAUGAACCUCCACGUUCCCCAAAGUGAGGAAACCCGGGCAGAGCUUGCGCAGCUAUGCAUGGUGCCUCUCAAUAUUGUCUCGCCGCAACGAAACGGGCCUCUGAUGGGUAUCGUUCAGGAUACCCUCUGUGGGAUCUACAAAAUCUGCCGCCGUGACGUGUUUCUGUCUCGCGAGCAGGUUAUGAAUAUCAUGCUAUGGGUGCCAGAUUGGGAUGGGGUGAUUCCUCAACCAGCUAUCUUCAAACCGAGACCUCGUUGGACUGGUAAACAGAUGAUUAGCAUGGUGCUCCCGCCAGCUCUGAACCUCGUACGCAUUGACGGCAAAGCGAGCCAGCCGCCCAUUGAAAGAUUUGCCCCAGCUGGAGACAGUGGGCUCUUUGUUUCUGACGGCGAGCUUAUGUUCGGCUUGUUCAACAAGAAGAGCGUUGGAACUGGCUCUAAUGGUAUCAUUCACACUAUAUUCAACGAGUUCGGUCAUGAAACCGCAAUGGCCUUCUUCAACGGCGCACAGACCGUCAUCAAUUACUGGUUUCUUCACAACGGCUUCAGCAUCGGAAUUGGUGAUACUGUUCCUGACAGAGGUACUGUUGAGAAGAUCAAGUCGGAAGUAGACAAGAAGAAGGCUGAGGUGGAGCGGAUCACUCAAAGCGCCGUGGCAGAAGAUCUUGAGGCUCUUCCCGGCAUGAAUGUUCGGGAGACCUUUGAAAGCAAAGUUUCGGCUGCGUUGAACGGUGCUCGAGAUGAAGCGGGUACUGCCACUGAAAACAGUUUGAAGGAUUCCAAUAAUGCUAUCCAGAUGGCUCGAGCUGGUUCCAAAGGCUCCACCAUCAACAUUUCCCAAAUGACUGCGAUUGUGGGACAACAAUCUGUUGAGGGCAAGAGAAUUCCUUUCGGCUUCAAAUAUCGAACUUUACCGCAUUUUGCCAAAGACGAUUACUCCGCUGCAUCAAAAGGCUUUGUCGAGAACUCUUACCUACGAGGGCUUACCCCCACCGAGUUCUUCUUUCACGCCAUGGCUGGUCGUGAGGGUUUGAUCGAUACUGCCGUCAAAACUGCAGAGACAGGGUACAUCCAGCGUCGUUUGGUCAAAGCUUUGGAAGAAGUUACGGUCAAGUACGACGGCACAGUUCGAGAUUCUCGUGGCAAUAUCGUCCAAUUUAUUUAUGGUGAAGAUGGACUUGACGGUGCGCAUAUCGAGAGCCAACGUGUUGAUGUCAUCGCUAUGUCGGAUGGUGCUUUCGAGAAAUUGUUCCGCGUUGAUCUGAUGGAGCCGAAGAAAUUGGUCUGGCAGGAUCGACUUGAGCAAGCCUCAGAGAUUCAUGGAGACGUCGAUGUGCAGAAACUCUUCGAUGAGGAAUAUGAACAGCUCAUGGAGGAUCGCAAAUUUCUACGACAUAUCAAGAAGGCCGCCACCUCCGCUGAUGAGAUGAUGCCGCUCCCCAUGAACGUGCAGCGAAUCCUCAACCAAGCUCGAACAACUUUCAAGAUUCAGUCAGGCACUCCUAGCGAUCUGCAUCCAACUUACGCAAUACCCAAGGUACAGCAGCUGCUUGACCGCUUGGUCAUCGUUCGAGGAGAUGACCCGAUCUCUUUGGAGGCUCAGAACAAUGCUACUCUACUAAUCAAAGCCCUACUGCGCUCCCGCCUGGCUUUCAAGAGGCUGGUCAUGGAAUACUCUCUCAAUCGUCUUGCUUUUGAUCACGUUGUGGGAGCAAUCGAGACGCGUUUCAUCAAAGCGGCUGCAAAUCCUGGAGAAAUGGUCGGAGUCCUCGCUGCCCAAUCUAUUGGUGAACCUGCCACUCAAAUGACUCUGAACACAUUCCAUUUUGCUGGUGUGUCGGCAAAGAACGUUACUCUGGGUGUUCCUCGUCUCAAGGAAAUUCUGAACGUAUCGCAGGACAUCAAGACGCCUUCCAUGACGGUCUACCAAGAACCCUCGAAAGCGCGUGAUCGAGAAUCGGCCAAAGUUCUUCGAAGUAUGGUCCAGCACACCAAUCUGCGUUCUGUGACCGAGACGUGCGAACUUUGGUAUGAUCCCGAUGUCCAGAGCACGAUCAUUCCCGAAGAUCUCGACAUGGUCGAAUCAUAUUUCAUCGUGCCUGAGGUCAGUGAGGGUGACCUUGCUCGUCAGUCCAAGUGGCUUCUUCGCAUUGUUUUGAAUCGUGCCAAGUUGCUGGACAAAGACUUAAAUAUCAACGAUGUCGGCAACAAGAUCAAAUCCACUUACGGACGAGAUCUUGCGGUGGUCUACAGUGAUGUGAAUGCCGACGAGCAGGUCGUUCGUAUUCGAUUGAACGACCAAUCAUACUCCAAAGACGAGGAGGAAGAUCGAAAAGAGGACGAUGAGAGCUUGAGACGAUUCUUGAAUGAGAUGUUGGACAAUCUUACAUUCCGUGGUGUGCCGGGAGUAUCUCGUGCGUUCAUCGAUACGAAGAUCCGCCCUCAGAUCGACGACGAUGGUUCCAUUUUCAUGAGCAAGGAAGACCCUCGGUGCUUUGAUUUUGUCCUGGAGACGAGUGGUAGUUCUCUGGCCAAAGUCCUUGCCAUCCCAGGCAUCGACACCACGCGGACCUAUUCCAAUCGCUUCACUGAAGUGUUCGAGGUGUUCGGUAUCGAGGCUACUCGUUCUGCCAUCCUUCGUGAGCUUACUCAGGUGCUUUCAUUCGAUGGAUCUUAUGUCAACCAUCGCCACCUCGCUCUGCUUUGCGACAUUAUGACUUCCCGAGGUUAUGUUAUGGCGGUCACACGGCAUGGUAUCAACAAGUCCGAUACUGGCGCGUUGAUGCGGUGUUCUUUUGAACAGACUGUUGAGAUUCUUCUUGACGCUGCUGCUUCUGGCGAGCUGGAUGAUUGCCGAGGUGUGUCGGAGAACUUGAUUCUCGGACAAGUCGCCCCUGUUGGAACUGGUACGAUGGAUAUCUUCUUGGACGAGAAUAUGCUGUCAACGGUCGAGCCCAACCGAGAUGAACUGGGCGGCCGUAUCGGAAUCAAGUCUCAGCAGGAACUCUAUGAGGGAUCUGCUACACCCUACGACGUGGGUUCACCACUUGGAGAUACCAGCGGUCUUGGCUCCCCUGACUACGGUGCUCAAUUUUCUCCCAUUGCCGCACCUGGUGGUGACGAUCAUGGUGGCUUUACCGACUAUCAGCCCGCUUCAGGCUUUGGUCCUACAAGUCCAUUCGACCCGCGCAGUCCGGGUGCGUGGUCACCUCGAAGUCCAUUUGGCAACACUAGUCCCAGUUCACCUGCCUAUUCGCCCACCUCGUCCUAUUCACCAACCUCUCCCAAUCUGGGCAUGGCCAGUCCUCUGUACAACACAUCACCUGGAAUGUCACCGGCCAGCCCAGCUUUCACACCUACCUCUCCCGCAUACAGUCCGACGUCUCCAAGCUUUGGUCAAGCUGGCCCUUCUCCAACGUCUCCACAGUAUUCACCAACUUCUCCAAGCUUCUCUCCAACCUCGCCAGGAUACACGCCGACGUCGCCACAAUACUCUCCAACAUCACCAGCUUUCAGCCCAACAUCGCCGACGUCUCCCACGUCUCCGGCAUAUAGCCCGACAUCUCCAAGUUGGAGUCCGACGUCGCCAGCUUAUGCAGGUGCCGCUCGCAACAAACAAACAUCGCCUACCUCACCACAAUAUUCGCCAACCUCUCCAGCGUUUAGCCCUACGUCUCCAGCACUCAGUCCGACGUCUCCCGCUUAUUCGCCUACGAGUCCAGCUUUCAAUCGAUCCCCAAGGAGUCCGGGCGCUGCUACGAGUCCACAGUACUCGCCAAACAGUCCGAAGAGCCCCGAGUACUCUCCCAACUCACCAAAAGAGGAUUAA